AUGUCGUCUGGAUCCCCCUUCUUAUACAGCAACGAGGUCUUGCUAGUUCUCUACGUAAUAGGCACUCCGCAUUGCGACAGUUACACCCACGAUACACAACCUUUGGACAGAGAUACCUCAGUGCCAUCGUCUUCGUCAACACUGAUAUGCCCGUCUUAUGCUAAGUUGGAGUCGCUAAUGGAUUUUGUUCCGUCGAUAGAGCUAAGAGAGACGCGAUUCACGUGUGGUCGAGGAACGUCGGAGCAAGUAGACUUCGAUUUUGCUGGGCUUCGUGAUUCGAAUCCAUGGUUUUAUAAUGUUAUCAGCAAGCUACACUUUCUUUUGGAACGAGUAGAAGGACGAACAAUUCUAACUGAUCUCUCAUCGAACGGGACAUUCGUCAACAAAAAGCUGGUUGGGAAGUUUCACACAUAUACGCUCGACAGCGGAGAUAUCAUAAGUUGCGCCCGUGCUGAUUUAUUAGUGUUUCUUUAUGAAGAAAAUUCGUCAAAAACAUAUCCUGCAGAGCUGACAAAAAAGUACGUCAUGACCAACAACUCGCUGGGCAAGGGCGGGUACGGAGUGGUUCUGUUGGCAAGAUUGAGAAAAAACUGCCAGGAGCAGGUGGCGGUAAAGAUACUUGAUACGACACAGUUGUCACGGCGUUUCAGUCGAAAGUCUUCGAAGCCAAAGGACGUUGAAAAGGAAGUGGCUAUAAUGUUGAAAAUCAAACAUCCGAACUGCGUCGAAUUCAUGGACUGGAUUGAGACGGAUAACGUGGCAUACAUAGUCAUGGAGCUUGUGGGUGGCGGCGAGCUUUUCGAUCGAAUCGUAGAUGAGAAAUGGAAUGGAAUGGGAUUCGGUGAGGAACUGUGCAAAUUUUAUGGAUGGCAACUUCUCAAUGCUGUGGAGUAUCUUCAUGAGCGUGGAAUUACACAUCGCGACAUCAAGCCGGAAAACAUCUUGUGUAUGACGAAAGAAGACUACACACUCGUUAAGCUGGCUGACUUUGGACUUGCCAAAGGAAAUGAGGCUUCGACAUUGAAAACAUAUUGUGGUACGCCAGCUUACAUGGCACCUGAGAUGAUAGAUAACGAUCGGUUGCCUUAUAAUCCGAAAGUGGACAUGUGGAGUCUUGGCGUUGUCUUGUUCACUGGAAUUUGUGGUUAUCCUCCUUUUAGCGAUGACUACGUUGAUAUGGAUUUGAAGUCCCAGAUUAAAACAGGUAAUGUAUUACCUCUCAGAGAAACUUCUCUUUGA